GCGGGCUGGUGCGGGCCGGGCCGGGCGGCCGCUCCCCUCGCUGGCAGUGCUCGCUAAGAUGGCGGACUUCCUGCCGUCGCGCUCCGUGCUGUCGGGUUGCUUCCCCGGCUGCUUGCUCACCAGCGGCGAGGCCGAGCAGCAGCGCAAGUCCAAGGAGAUCGACAAGUGCCUCAACCGCGAGAAGACGUACGUGAAGCGCCUCGUCAAGAUCCUGCUGCUGGGCGCGGGCGAGAGCGGCAAGUCCACCUUCCUCAAGCAGAUGCGGAUCAUCCACGGGCAGGACUGGGACCGGGCGGCCCGUGAGGAGUUCCGCGCCACCAUCUACAGCAACGUGAUCAAGGGUGUGAGAGUCCUCGUUGAUGCCAGAGAGAAACUUCAUAUCCCUUGGGGAGAUCCUGCUAACCAGAGUAAUGGAGAUACGAUGAUGGCUUUUGAUACUCGGUCAGUCACGGUGGUGCAAGGCAUGGUGGAGACGGCAGUUUUUUUACAGUACCUUCCAGCCAUAAGAGCUCUAUGGGCGGAUAGUGGUAUCCAGCACGCGUACGACAGGCGCAGAGAAUUCCAGCUGGGGGAAUCUGUAAAGUAUUUCUUGGACAACUUGGAUAAACUUGGAGAACAAGAUUAUCUUCCCUCACAGCAAGAUAUACUGCUGGCACGAAGACCCACAAAAGGGAUUCAUGAGUACGACUUUGAAAUAAAAAAUGUUCCUUUCAAAAUGGUUGAUGUAGGUGGCCAAAGGUCAGAACGGAAACGGUGGUUCGAAUGUUUCGACAGUGUCACAUCAAUACUCUUCCUUGUUUCCUCAAGUGAAUUUGACCAAGUGCUUAUGGAGGAUCGGCAAACAAAUCGCCUUACAGAAUCCCUGAACAUUUUUGAAACAAUAGUCAACAACCGGGUUUUCAGCAACGUCUCAAUCAUUCUCUUCUUAAAUAAGACGGACUUGCUUGAGGAAAAAGUACAAAAAGUGAGCAUCAAAGACUAUUUUCCAGAGUUUGAAGGGAAUCCCCACUGCUUAACAGAUGUCCAAAAAUUCCUGGUGGAUUGUUUUCGUACUAAACGCCGGGACCAGCAGCAGAAGCCCCUCUACCACCACUUCACCACUGCUAUUAACACAGAAAACAUCCGGCUAGUUUUCCGUGAUGUUAAGGAUACCAUCCUUCACGACAACCUCAAGCAGCUUAUGUUACAGUGAUGUGCAAAAAGACAUUUUUAUUUGAGUAACUUUUGUGUGUUGUUUUGUUUUUUUUUAACUAGAAGUUUACAGCAGGAGUAGAGAAAUCCAGAUCCUGUCAGACUUCUUGAUAUGUGGCUAAAAGCUGCUGCUGAACACAUUAUUGCCAAUUUCUGCAGAAAUUCAGGCUUAAUCUAUUCCAGUGUAGCUUCAAGUUGACUCGAGUUGUAAUUUUAUAGCAGACCUAUGUCUAAGUUACCUGUAAAGUGAUAAAUUUGACCUUUUACAAACAUGUAUAUUAUCCUAGAACAUUCAUUCCACCUUCAGAAUUCAAAGUCCAAACUUCAGUGAAAUUGUUGCAAUUGUUAGACUGUGGCAGUAAUUUAAGGGGGGAAGAAACUUUUCACAUCGAACUUCAUUAUGAAGACUGUGAUACCAUAGCUGACUUAUGAUUUCUCAGGUCUAUUGUUGGUUAGAAAUCCCAUAAAUCCCUUGUUGGAAUCAUCUGUUUGAAGCUAGGAUUCCUGCGUGUAACAUACUUCCUGUUCAAGUAUAAAUCUUUGCAUGGGGUUUGACUGGGAGGUGCUUUAAAAAUACUUAGAUUGGGAGCUUCAGACAUAUCUGGCAGGAAGUACUAAUGCAGGCAGAAGUCUAGUGAUGAGGAAUUAGUGAAUGGCACAGUACACAGUUUCACUCUAUUGCAUUGUAUGUACGUCUUGGAGCCAUGGCAAAGCACAGAGCACUAUGAUACGGUCCUCUUGAAAUUCUGAUGUGGGAAGGGGGAGCAAGCUAAACUUGUAUUUCUUAUCUUCACUAACCAGAUGUUACAUGUAGGUACCUUACCUGUUCUUGAAGCGCUUUCAUAUAGCACCAGUUUAUUUUUACUUUCUUCGUGACUUCUUACAGCGUGCCUCAUCUUAAUCAGUAAGCAUUUGGUGACGGAUAGAAGUACUUGCAAACCUAAGUGCCUCCUUGUGUUCUGUCCUCUUACGGUAUUUUCAGUGGCCUUAUGUGAGCAUAUGUGUUCCAGCAGAGGCCUUGUGUAGCUGACACCAUGAAGAUGAAUGUUGUCUUCUGAAAAAAGAACAUGUCACAGCAGAACAUGCUUCAGCUGAUGAGGUUCUUUCUGAGACUUUCCAAUCGGGUCUAGCAAUCCUAAGUGUACUUGAGCCAAAUAUGUUGCACAGCAUACUCCAGAGUGCUGCUUGUGACUGAGAGUAUUUUACCAAAAGUUCCAUUGCAGUUACAUUUUUU